GCCCGAAGUGACGCCCGCUGGGGGCUUCCUGGCUGGCUCCGCUGGCUGCGAGGAGCCGCUGCGCCCGGUGGCAUGUGGCUGGGAUUAGGGAAUUUCACUGUGGAUUAAAAUCUUUCCAGCGCCUCCACUGGCUGAGAAGAAGCAGUGUGAAGCUGCAGCGGUCACUCCGGGCCCACGCUCUCAGCUCAAGGAUGCUCCAGGUGCUCCACGCUCACAUUCAGCCGGCUGGACACCGAAGCAGCAAGACUCGCCUGGUCGACAAAGACGGGCGCUGCAACAUCGAAUUUGGCAACAUCAAAUACCGAAACCACUUGGGGUACGUGGUGGACUUCUGGACCACCUUUGUGGAGGUCCGCUGGCGCUACGUCCUGCUCAUGUUCGUGGCCUCGUUCAUCGGCAGCUGGUUCGUCUUCAGCCUGCUGUGGUACUGGAUCGCCCAGAGCAACGGCGAUCUGAUGGGUCAGAACCGCGCAGACGGGCACGUCCGCUGCGUUGACAACAUGGACGGCCUCACCACGGCGUUCCUCUACUCCCUGGAGACCCAGACCACCAUCGGGUACGGCGGUAGGGCGCUGACGGGCCACUGCACCGGCGCCACCCUGAUCGUGGUGCAGUCGCUGAUCGGCGUCUUCAUCAACUGCUUCAUCUGCGGCGUCAUCUUGGCCAAGAUCUCAUUGCCCAAAAAACGAGCCAAGACCGUCACCUUCAGCGACACAGCCGUCAUCUGCCUCAACAAGGAGAGCCUGUGCCUCCUGAUCAGGGUGGCGAACCUCCGGAAGACCCUGCUGAUUGGCAGCCAGAUCUACGGCAAGCUGGUCCGGACCACGACCACGGCAGACGGGGACACCGUCAUCCUGGACCAGGUGGAUAUUGACUUUGUGGUGGACGCCGGGAAGGACAACCUGUUCUUCGUCUGCCCGAUGACCCUCUACCACGCCAUCGACCGGUCGAGUCCCUUCUACGAGCUGUCGGCGAACUCCCUCCCCCAACAGGACUUUGAGCUGGUGGUGUUUCUGGACGGGACGGCCGAGUCCACCAGCUCCUCCUGUCAGGUCCGGACAUCCUACGUGCCCCAGGAGAUCCAGUGGGGGCACAGCUUCCUGCCCAUCAUCUCCCGCACCAAGACGGGGAAGUACCGCGUGGACUUCUCAAACUUUUCCAAAAGCGUCCGGGUCACAACGCCGCACUGCGCUCGCUGCUUCGAGAAGGACCCCGACCUGACGGGAUGCAACGCCGAAGACGACCAGCAAGAGAAGUCAGGCAUCGACAACCUGGGGUUCCAGGUGAUCGACAUCCACGACUCGGUGGACGUCACCAAGAUGUGAGCGCACUUCCCUCCACUGCUCAGUCGGAUCUUCUGGACGAGGAGCGAGUUUCUGCCUCCUGCAGCGAAUAUAUCAGUCAUCUUUUUCCACAGCAAACGGCAGAAUGUGGAUAAAAAGUCAGACAUGAGUUAAGCUCUUUGCUCAGAGGCUCAUUACAAUCAAAGCACCUUUGGGACUUGGGACUUUGUCUAGGUAAUAUGUGGAAGGGGGGAUUUAAGUUUUGACACAUGAACAAACUGAAAGGGGUUAAAUACGGGAUGGCACAGUGGGUACUUCUAGAGGAGAUUAAUGACUGAGCCGGUUAUAAUGAAAAAGAACUGUGUGCUAUAAAGUCUGUGGAUGGGAAUAAAAAAAGUAGGACAGGCCUUUGGAGUUCUCUCAUUGGUCCGAAUGAACCACCAACUCUACGCCUUGGUAGUUGCCAAUAAAUGAGACUAUUUUAAUUGUC